GGAGGCGGAGCGCGCCGGUAGUGGCGGCUCUGGGACUCGAGCGCCCGGACAGGAUGGGGCCGCCGGGGAAGGCGCACCGGGCGAUCGGCGAGGUGGGCGCAGUGCCCAGGGGGCUGUGAGCACCCCAGCCGAACCACCCCGCCCGGUCGGACCACUGCAGCUUUGCUGGGCGGCCUAAAAGGGGUCUUCGCUCCCCCCUCUGCCUGCUCAAUCGCCACUGCCGCCUCCAGGCCCCCCCUUCCUCUCCCGCCCCUCGAGAGACCAUGGGCGCCGAAAACUUUGUCUCCGCCUGACUUCUUUCCCAAGCUGACCGGGGUCGGCUGCGUGAAGAGGUUCGUCGCCACCUGUCGCCAGUGGCUGUCCCCCCCACCCAUCCACCCUUCGCGAGGACCUCAUUACUGGGUUCGGGGGCGUGCAAUCGGCUCCGGGUACCCGAGGGAGCGUGGGCUUCCCGCCUCGCCCCAGUGCGCCUAGGACGGAGGCCUCCCUCUUGACUGGAUCUCUAAGCGCGUCCAGACCGCUGCACGCAGCUUGAACCGCCGGUGCCCCCGGGAGCGCGCUGCUAGGCGAGGAAGAGGAGGAGGAAGGGGAGGAAGGAAACCCGGACGCGGAGCCCAGAAGCCCGGAGGAGCCGGCGAAGAAGGCACCCCCUCCUCUCCCAUCCCCCCCGGCCGUCCGCCAACCCAAGCCCCUCACCUUCCAGCUUUCGCAGGGGCGACCGGAGCUCGGAGCUGGGGGGAGGCGGCGGCCGGGCGGGGGCGGGGGCGGAGGAGGAGGAAGAGGAGGAGGAGGAAGAGGAGGAGGAGGGCGGCGAGCCGGCGGCCAGACCGCGAGCCGAGCCGAGCCGAGUGAGGAGCGGAGCGGACUCGCACCAUGGUGCAGCCGGGAUUGCUGCCGCUGCUUCUGCUCGCCCUGGCCUGGGUCCGCGUGUGCACGGACGACGCGGCCAAAGUGAUCUCCGACCGCUAUGCUGUCUACUGGAACCAGAGUAACCCCAGGUUUCAUCACGGCGAUUACACGGUAGAAGUCAGCAUCAACGACUACCUGGACAUCUACUGCCCCCAUUACGAGAAGCCGCUGCCCCCCACCGUGCUCAUGGAGGAGUACGUCUUGUACAUGGUCAACGAUGAGGGCCACGCUUCCUGCAACCGGCAGAAAGGCUUCAAGCGCUGGGAGUGUAACCGGCCCACGGCGCCCAACGGGCCCCUCAAGUUCUCCGAGAAGUUCCAGCUCUUCACACCCUUCUCCUUGGGCUUUGAGUUCCGGCCGGGACAUGACUACUAUUACAUCUCUGCCACUCCCUCCAACACAGUGGACAGGACUUGUUUAAAACUGAAGGUUUACGUGAAGCCGACAAACGAUUCUCUGUACGAGUCUCCAGAGCCCAUCUUCACCAGCAAUAACUCCUGCAGCAGCCUCAGGGUGUCCCAGCUAUUCCUCUCUGUGGUGCCCGUCUUUUGGACCAUCUUCACCUCUUAGCCCCUCGGCCCUCCCGCCACCAGGCACCGCGGGAUCGGCAUGGUUCUAGGUGGAGCCAGGGAAGACAGAGGGAUCCCUAGGGGGAUGGGGGGCAGCCCUGCUGUUUCCCUUACUCCUUUGCCACCUGUUCAGAAACGCCCCUCAGCCCCUGUCUGCCCCUCCUUCAGGAGGAAGGCCCUGGAGCCGCCAAGCCAGACUUCCACCUUGGGGACCACACAGAGAGGACUGAGGAGGAAGCAGAUGGUGUCUGCCAGGGACUGAGUUCAUGGCCGCCCAGGAAGGUGACCUCAAAUCCUUGAAGGUUUAGGCUCUAGGGAGCCUCUCCGGGGCAGUAACAGCUGCUCCCCAACCCUGGGGCAUGGGAACGAGAGCUGCUUGUAGACCAAAUAGAGAACGUCCUUCUUGUUUCGAUUUGGUGCUGUCAUCCCUUCCUCCCUGACCCUCAGACCUCUGACCUCCCCAGGGGACCUUCCUAGAGAUAGAAGAGGCUGCCAUUGGACCGGGAUGGUCAUCGCCACCCAAACUGCUGCUCCUCCUUUCCCCCUCCACGUCGCCCCACCGAGAAGACGGCAGGCAAGCUGUCAUUUCAGAAGGCCCAGAGACAGCAGGGGGCUGGGGAUGGGGGGUGGGGGUAGACCCAUCCCCUUUGGUUCUAGCCCUUUCCUGCCCAUCUCCUUGCUCUCAAUUCACUCUCUAGCCCUUGUCUUCCCACCAGACUAAAUGCUGCCUGGACAGAGCUGAGUGAAGACUUUUGUCCCUGAGAUCACUGGGGACCCCACGCCCUCGGGGUGAGGGGUCAGAGAUGCUCUUGGCCCAUGGGUUCAGGAGUGGAUGCCUGGGGUGGAGGAGGGAGCUGGGGAACAUCUGCUAGGAAGAGACUAAGCUCAGUACCGUGACCCAUAGGGCCAUUAGAAGGUCCAGUUAAAGACUUCUUCGGGAUAUGUGGACAUGGAAAGGGGAUGAGAGACCGGCACCGGCCACCUUAGCCACUUGCUGAUGACUGGGGGGGGUCGGGGAGAGAAGGGGUAGAAAUACCUCUCAAUUCUUUUUUUUAGUGUAUUUUCAUUGUUUUAUUUGAGACUCAAGUUUUUAAUUUAUUCUACCACCUCACAUCCCCUGAUUCAAUGAAGACUUUGGGGAAGAAAAUAGGGGUCCCUAAUUGUGGGGCUAGGCCCACAAUCCUGAUCUCCCCAAUUGCCUUCCUUUUCCCAGCCUCUAUUCAUCACUUCUCUCUUCUGUGCUCCAUCGAAACACCCAAAUAUACCCAGAGUCCACAGCUCUGGGAAGCUCCAGGCUUCCUGGCCCACCUCCUUUUCACUAUGGGCUUUCCCCAGGGGUCCUUCCAUCCCUGGCUUUAUCCUCCCUUCAUAUCUGAGCAAAUAAAGUCACGGCUCUCUCAGUGGACCAUCUGGGAUCUCCUAGAUCUGAGCUCUAGGACGGGUUGGGUUUGUUCCUUUUUUGAGGGGGCACAGGGUAAAGGUAGAAGUAGCCCUUGGGGCCACGCACAUUGGUACAUUUUGAGAGAGAUAGUGCCCCUUGUUAUCUCAGUGCCCUCCUCCUCCCCCUCUGGGAGCCAAGAGUCUGAGUCAAGAGCCUGGAAGGGAGAGGGAGUGAUGAGGAGCUCUUUGGUACCAGGAGAAGGGGUUGCACUGACUCAGAUCCCCCCUGCCCCUGGGGGCCUUUGGAGAAGGCUCUAGGAGGGCCUUUCUAUGAAAAAACUAACCCUCACUAUCCUCUCUGGAGGAGACACAGCCUCCUACCCAUUCCUCACCCUGGCUCUGCCUCUCUUUCCAGCUUUUAACCUGGUAUGGGCUGGAGUCUCCCCCAGGUCCCAGAGGGAAAAGCUUACAAGUCCCUCCACUAGGCCGCAUUUCAGCAUUCCUCCUCUGCUCGCCAUUGGAGCAGGGCCUUCUAUUAAGGACCCUGUUUCUUCCUUCUUCUUUCCUUCCUUCCUUCCUUCCUUCUUUUUUCCUUCCUUCCUUUCUUUCUUUUUUUUUUUUUUUUGCAAAUGCAAAUGAAUCUGCCGAUUUCUAUUGCUUCAAGUAAUCUGUCUCUGAGGAAGGGAGCAGACGUUAUAUUUCUGUAAAUAGAGCCCGCAGGUAUAUACUGUGAUUUAUUUUUAAUGCAAUGCUGAGAAUGAACUCGGUGGAGGUCUCUCUCUCUCUCUCUUUCUCUCUGUCUCUGUCUCUGUCUCUCUGUCUCUUUCUGCCUUUCUCUCUCUCCUUCCCUCCCUCCCUCCCUUCCUUCUCCCUUCUUUCCUCCUUUCCUCUCUCUCUUUUCCUCCUCCUCCUCCUUUUCCUUCUUCUUCUCUUCUUCCUAUUUUUCUAUCCCCCUCUCUCCCUCCCUUCCCUCUUCCCUCCUUUUCUCUAUUUUUCUCCUUUCUCUCUUCCUCUCCCUCUUUCUUUCUUACUCCUCCUUGUUCCCUCCUUUUCCCUCCUCUUCCUGUUCUCCCCCUCCCCUCUUCUUCCCCCUUGCCCUCCUCUUCCUCUUUUUCUCUUUCUCUUCUUCCCUCUCAAACUCUAUCUCUCUGCAUCCUCUGUCCCUUCCUCCCCUUCUCUCUCCUUCUUUCUAUUCUUCUCAUUCUCUCUCUCUCUCUCUCUCCUUCCCUCCCUUCCUUCCCCAUUCCCUCUCUCUCCCUCUCUUCUUCUCUCCCUCUCCUUCUCCUCUUCUUCCUCCUUCUCCUCUCUCUCUCUUUCUCUCUCUGUCUCUGUCUGUCUGUCUGUCUGUCUGUCUCUUAUUCUCUUUCUCUCUCUGUCUCUCUCUUUCUCUUUCUCUCUCUCUCUCCCUCUCCCCUUCUCUUCCUCCUUCCCUCCCUCCCUCUCUCCCUGCCUCCUUCUUUCUCCUCUCUCUCUGUUUCUCUCUCUCUCUCCUCAUCCCUUCCUCCUUCCCCCCACUCCACUUUCCUUUCCUCUAUCUCUCUUCCUUUUUCAGGGGUCGGGGCGGGUUUAGAGUAGAAGCUAUAACUUGCAAUAAGCUCAUUUUGUCCGUCGGAGUUUCUCUUCCAUCUGUGACCCCCCCCCCCAUAACAGUUUCUAAGAAAAACCGACAGACAAAAAAAUAAAAAAAAAUCCUUCAGACAUUUUAAUGGAGUAAACACAUUUAUACAGAUUUCAUAUUUCUAUCUUCCUUUCCUUAAUCUGUGUUUUAUAUAUAUUAUAUAUAUAUAUUGUGUAUAUCAAUCACGAGGCCCUGAGGACACAGUGAGAGGAUAAAUUUGGAAGGAGAAUUGAGGGGAAAUGGUUUCCCCCUGCCAUGUAAUGGUUUGCCGGGUGUGCCCUGCCCCACCCCUUGUGCUGGUGGUCUCGGUCGUAGUUGAACAUCCUCCUCGGUUCCCCUCCGCCUCUUCCUCCAGCCCAUUGUGCAGGAUCUCCCCUUCCUGGCCCCUCCCCCCCAUCGCCACCCAACUUUGGAAUCUGUAUUUUUUUAUAAUAAAAUAAAAAUAAACCUUG